CCGAGUCCCACUCCAGCCUGGAGCAGCUCUCAGUGCCGUCCAAGCUGAAAGCAUCGGAGCUAUUUCAGACACAUUAAAAGGACCACAGGCAAUACCUCAGCUGGUAGAAGAAGGUACCUCGUCGAAAGGAGGUGCACACACUCACUUGACGGGGUAAGCCUCCAUCUUAAAAAUGUCAAAACAGCCAGCAUCACAUGUCAAAGCCAUUCAGGCUAAUAUUAACAUCCCAAUGGGAGCAUUUCGACCUGGUGCAGGCCACCCUCAUAAAAGAAAAGAAUUUACACCUGAAGAAGUGGAGGAGAGUGUUCCUGCUUCAACAGAGGAGGAGAAAGACAAGAAACAUCUCCCAGGAGCUAAGAAACUUCCCGGUCCUGCUGUCAACUUGUCAGAGAUUCAGAACAUAAAGAGUGAGCUGAAAUUUGUCCCCAGAGCUGAACAGUAGCUGGAACAAGCAGGAAGCCUGAGUCAGUAAAGAUGUAUCAAGCAGCUACAAUGGAAAUUCAGCUACAUGGAGAAGUUUAAAUAGAAAAAAACCCUGGCUACAGUAAGAAAAAGAUAAUUGUUACAUAGUAGUCAUGUGAAUUGCCAAUUGUACCUAUUGACAUAUGUCACAGAAUUGUAGAAUCAUUUAGGUUGGAAAAGACCUUUAAGAUCGUUGAAUCCAACCACAGAAGUCCUUUUUUGUCAUGAAGAGAGGUGGAGAUAAACUGGGUGGAACAACAUUGUCUGGAAUUUACUGCACAAAAACAUAAAUGAAGAAGAAAAGAAAAUAUAAAGCAGUACAAAAGGGUUCUGGGAAUACAGAAGCACUAUAGAUCAGGAAUAUUGAGAAAAAUAGCUUAUAAUCUGAGUGAAAUUCCCCAAUACACACUGCAACAUUAACUUAUUUUUAUGUGCAGCAUAAAUAUGCCAUUUAGAAGGGAAAAUGUGUUGAGUUUUUUCUUGCUCUUACUCUGCCAUGCUGUAAUUUUUCUGUUAUCUUAAAGAAACAACACAGUCUUUCUCUUCAGAAAACCUGGGAAAAGGAAAAUUAACAUUUUUUAAGAUGUAACGUUGUAGUCGUCUUGCUAAAGCAGUGCCCAGAGAAAUAUGAAUUUUUAAUGUAAGGCUUUAAAGAUGUUUUUCUCUGGAAGAUACAUAAAUUUAGCAUACACUUAUUUAGACAUAAAUUUAACCCGUGUUUAUACUCAAAUGAUUGCUAUUUUCAAUGUUCAAACCAGUUUUUCAAUAAUUAGCUUAAUGAGAGUCUGACAAAUGUUUAGGGCAUGCAAAGAGAUUUCUACAAAAAGGUCAGCAAGGCAUCUUGAAAGCUCUGAGGUCACUAUUACCUUGUUUCUGCCUCCAUCCUUUUGAUGUUGUAUUGGUUAUCAGGUUCUGACUGUGACACAGCUUUGUAGAUUUUGGAUCAUACAAUCACAGAUCAUACCUGAAAACUUAGUUUCUAGAAGAGCGCAGUACUCACUGGAGGCUAGGAGUUUGGAUUUGGUCACAGUACAGAACUAAACAUGUGCAUAAAUUCUACACUAAAUUCAAAUAUAUCAGUCACUUGCCACCUCCAGUGGCCCUGAAUGGUACUAUAGAGGACAUUCACAAGUUCACCUGCUUUAAGCAUGACCUGCAGUGUUGUAUAAAAUGUGAUAUAGUCAGUGAAUUGUUUUAUGACUGACCAUGCCAAGCCAGUGAAGAUGAUCUUUAUUUGCAAGAAAUUUAUGCUUAUAAAAUUUAUGCCAGAUACUUUGCUUCAUCUCCAAUAAAGGGUUACUGAUCAUUCCUUGAAUAUGAUGCUUCCUAAAGAAUGGUGAACAGACUGGUCAGUAGCAUAUGCCUGUGCAGAGUGCGUAUUGAUAAAUGAAAGUAUUCUUUGGUUUGGAAAUGAAUUCUCUAUCACAUCAGCAUAAUGAACUAUUUAUAGAUUAACUGUUGAGGGAUUUCCUUUUGUUACUAUUUUUUUAUUUCUUGUGGUACUCUGCAGGAAGUGCCCACUGAAACUGGAAUAAUAACUCUAAAUUCUCUGGAUAAUUUCCAUUGUGCUGUGAUCCUACAGCACUGUAUCAGAAAAGUAUCACAAAUAUACAUAAAUGUCAAAAAAUACCAAAGAUUUUACAACUAGAAGUAUUUCUAACACUUCCUCCUAGUAUUGUAAAUUUUCAUCUGAUAGUUUCAGUAAAUUGCAAGUCAAUAUGAUCAAUUUUGUUUUAAUUUUGAUCCACAUUUCCUUUUUGCUUUUACGUAGUGCAAACCCAUCAGCAAAAAUAAGGAACAUGCAAAGCAGUAGGUUGAUUCAUUAUUUACAAAUCCAUUUAUACACAAUUUGCGCUUUAGGGUAACUUCUGUUAAAUAUCUUUGGUCUUGUUCUUACACCAAAUAAGGAAACAUGGAUAGAUUUGCUAAGAUCACAGUUGUGAGUCUGACAGUUUGUGGGAGGGAUAUAAUUAGUGAGAAGUCAUGAAGCUGGAUCCACUGAAGGUCAUAAAAUGGUUAUCAGUUAAGAUAUUCCUGUAGUCAUUCCCUGUUACUGGACUAUCUACAAUUAAUUAAUUAGCAUACCCUUCUGUGUCAUAAAGAAUUUUUUUCUUCCACAGACCUAUGGAUGAUGUGUUUGAUGCAGCUAGUUUUAAUAUACAAAAUGAGUUGUGAUUCAUUUUCCUCUUCUCCAUCUCCAUUGUUAUUUGCUGCUCUCAUCACACGUGAACAUUUCUACAUGCACAAGAGUGAAAUGUAUGCAAAUUAAAAUAGAAACAAAAUAGCACACACUAAUCAGCUAAAUAUAUGACCUAUUGAAUAAGUAAUGGUAAGAAGCAUUUAAUUAAUGACAAAUGGAGUAUGCUGUGGCUGAGAUUUAUUGCUGAUUGUUGUGCUAUCUCAUAACUAGCAGAGUGGUUGUACUUGGAAAUGGGACUAAGAACAAAUUGGCAAUUUACAAGACCAUUCUUCAUUUUCUGCCCCUUCAUGUUUUGUGUGCUGAAGUGUAGGGGGUUGUGUAACAAGAUUUUUUACCAUGCGCUGUGAAAGGCUGUGAAAUCUGAAUAUUGAGCUGUGGUUUUAAAGGACCUAGAUCUUCAGCUAGAGUGGUCUGGUCUUUUCCUCUUGAAACAGACUUUCAUAUUUACCAAAGGAACUUCUCAAAAGGCAAAAAGGGAAAUUUACUGCCUUGAAGUUACAAAAAAGUCUGUCAUGGACAGAGGGGCAGCAUUCCUGGUGCUGCGUUCUGAUCAUGUUUGGAGAAAGCACUUGUCAGGAUCCCCAUCACAAUGGUGAUGAAAUGGUUUCGCAAGGUUUGAGAAAGAAAUUUGCAGAUAAUCUGUUGUCUUUACAUGAAAUUCUGCUAGGGCGGGUGAUUUAGUUGCAAAACCAGAGCAGUAGUUCUGUUGUCAGGUUACAAAAGCAAGGGAGUUGUGUUUUUAGGGCAGGAGAAUAAACAGCUAGCAAAAGAUUCUCAGGGCAGCCUUAACUUUGCAUUACUUGCAACAUUACUUCCUCUGUGAUGUAUUUGGAAUCCUGCCUCACAUAAAAUGAGAAACCUUGUCAGCAGAGCAUCCUCUGAGACUGGCAUCACUUGGGGAAGAAAGAGAAAGGGGAAAAAAACCCCAGUUUGUUAGGAAAUAGAGCUCUUAAAUCCAUACUUACAAGAUAUUCCUUGGUGUUGCUUUUAAUUAUUUACAACAAAUUUCAAUUACCUUGACAACAUUACAACUUUGUCCACUGAGUACUGCUGAUUCUAAUUACAGUUUCGUGCUAUAUACUGCUUUUCAGCUGCAUCGCAGUUAACAGUAACCAUCUACCCUUCCCAAUGCUGCGGCUCCGACACACUGUUCAAUGAUUGUGUCUUAUUCCUGUGCUUACAUGGACCAGAGGGAUAUGGUUAAACUGCUGUACAGUAACAAGCAAAGUUAUUGCUAUUUUGUCCAGCAAACACAUCCAGUCCCUUGCUGGUAGAGGAACCCUGACAUGCUGUGAGCUCUUGAAACAGCCCCUCAGUUCAAGAAAAUAUGUUCAUUUGAUUAAACCCAAGUAGCCAGCCUUUGCACGAGAGAAGGGAAGCUUACAUCAACAGGAUGCCAAGGUGGGUCAGGAGCUCAGAUCUCCUUAGCUGAAGUGGAAGCAGUGGGGUGAAGAAAGAGGCUGUGUUUGGAAGAGUUUCUGCAGGACCCUUCUGCCAAAGUCAGAGGAUGCUCUGGGACAGGGGGACUUAAAUAGUGCAUACCCUGAGGCACACAGGUAAAAAUACAUGCAGAAGUGACUGUAAUCAGGGAACUGUUGGCAUUAGGGACUGUUUGGACAGUGGGAAGGAAGUAAUACUGGACACCAUUUAAAAGCUUUGAGUGAGUUGAGGGCAAUGCUGUUUCUCUAUAUGGAACUAUCCCACCAGCAUUAGGUAUGCCUGGAGCACUCGGACAGUGUGAUGACAAAUGUUAUCAGGAACCCAAAAUAAUAAGUAAUUCCAGCUUCUUUUACCUUAAACAGUUAAAAACGUGUUCAGCACAAAGGUUUUCUAGUGCUUACAUCAGAGUAAAAAUGCUAACUGCUUUUGAAUACAUGAAGUGCAACUUCCUACGUUAUUAACAGCUCAGAUAGUUUUAUCAAAUCUACAUAAAUUGUAG